UCUUAGGCUUUUAUGGGCGCCCGUGGACUGCCAAUCAACGCAGAGAUCUGUUCAUUAAACUGAAGCGGUUUGGUCUCAACACCUAUAUGUAUGCCCCUAAGGAUGACCUCAAACACAGAGCCUUCUGGAGAGAUCUCUAUACCGUCGAAGAGGCGGAACAGUUGAGUUCACUGAUAAGUGCGGCCAAAGAGAGCGCAAUCCAACUGAUAUACGCUCUCUCUCCAGGUCUGGACAUAUCGUACUCGAGUGCCAAAGACGUGGUGUGUCUGAAGCGCAAGUUAGAGCAGGUCUCGCAGUUCGGAUGCAAUGCCUUUGCGCUCCUCUUCGACGAUAUUGAGCCGGAAAUCAGUGAAUCAGACAAAGAGGUGUUCCAGUCGUUUGCGAGCGCACAGGUGUCCGUCUCCAAUGAGGUGUACCAGAGCUUAGGUCAGCCGCGGUUCCUGUUCUGUCCGACGGAAUACUGCACUUCUCGUGCCGUCCCUAACGUCCAGAACUCUGAAUACUUGAAUACAAUCGGCCGGACAUUA